AUGGCCGGUCCCGUCGCGUCCAGGGCAGCGACCGCCAGAGUGACAGCCGCCGCAGCCGCCGCCGCCCAGCGGACAAAGGUCAAGCGCCUCAUCUGGGCCGGCUCCUUCGCCGCCAUCACCAUCGUCGGCACCAUCUACGGCGCGGGGCUCAAGUCGCAGCAAGAGUACAAAUCGGAGGUGAAAAAUUACGUCCACGCGGGCGUCGAGGAGCAGAUCGCCAUCCUCGAGCGCCGCAAGCAGGCCCUCAUGUCCCAAAAGGCUCCACUCGAGGAGAAGCUGGAGGCGCUGAGGGAGCGCAUGGCCGAAAAUAAGGCAAAGGACGAGGAGAGGAGAGAGAGGAGGCUGGUUGCCUCUGGUGAGAAUCACCCACAGCCAUCACUGUCGCCAGCAACGGCCGCGCCAAAUCCCGCUAGGCCUGAUUCAAGUAACAAGGGAUGA